GAGGGAGAAAAGAGUAAGACAAGAAGAAAUAUUAAACAGAAGAAAAGGGAUGCACAGACUCAAGGAACUUGGACCUUACUGAGUGAAAAAGACUGUGAUAUAAGUAUAAAAAUAUAAAAGAAUCCAACCUGGAGGAGGUGAAGGACAGUCAGGCCAUGGAGGCAGAGGUCGAUGAGGAUGAUGGCACGUUCACCAACAUCUCUCUGACAGACGAUACAGGGGACAGUGGAUCUGCAGCCCUGUAUACUAAACAGGAGGACGAGCUCUUCAUCAUGAACUGUGACAUAGAUGGAGACAUGGAGAACCAGGUGGAAAUGGAGGAAAAAACUAGAUUAAUAAAUCAGGUCUUGGAGCUGCAACACACACUUGAAGAUCUAUCAGCACGAGUGGAUGCGGAAGAGGAGAACCUGAAGUUAAAGUCCGAAAAUCAGGUCCUUGGCCAGUACAUUGAGAACCUCAUGUCGGCCUCCAGUGUCUUCCAGACCACUGACACUAAAGGCAAACGGAAGUGAGCUAACCGUCUGACGAAACCCCCGCAUUCUGGGCCAGCGGCCACAGCCACAUGGUUGGAGAGGCAGCUGUUUGUCUCAGCAGACCUGGUGUUUCUGUAAAUCAUUUGAGCUCACCUGUCUGAGUCAACAUGAACAACUUAUCAUCACUUAACCAGACUUCUUCUCAACCCAGUUGAAUCCAGAAAUAUCAGCUUAAUCUAUAUAUUGUGGUCUAGGUCUGUUUUGCAGCAGCUUCCUCUCCACUCUAACAGAGCAGGUACACCUCACCUUAACCACACAGAUACAAUCAGAAAAACCAUAAUAUGCAUAAAGUCCUUAGGGGUCUUUUUUUACAUCAGGUUUUGUCUUAAUCCUGUGUCAAAAUAGGAUCUUGAAAAUAAAUCUUAGUGUUAUCAGGUUUUCUGUGGUUUCCCAAAGUUUCCUCUGAAUCCCAACCAUGUAAGUGAGCGAAAAACAAACUAUUUAACCAUGGAUCUUCUGUUUAACACUGGGUUAUUGUUUUAUUUAUUUUGUAAAGUAUUUUGUAUGUGAGCAGGGCCUGAGUUUUGUAGUUCUGGGUGUCAUCAUGUGUUCCUUUUCUUCAAAACUGGCAAACUGGACAGUAUUACUGGAAACUAAAAAUGUGCUGCAAUCGCAUGCAUGAGCAGUGUACUCGUGUUUUUUUUUUGUUUUUUUUUUCUUUUAGUUUGAUAUGUUUGUAUAUUGUCAAAUCUAAUGAACUAGAUUUUCGAACCAUGAACGGACUGACAAGUCCUUUUUAUUUGAAAGUGAACACAGGCAGGAGUUUUACAAACAAUAUACUGUAUGUAAAAAGCACAGAAACUAAGUUUGUGCAUAAAAUUGUACAUUUAAUGUGAUUGUUUAAUUUUAAGUAACUGAUUUUACACUUACAUGACACCUGGCACAAGCUUUUCUUGAUAUUUUCCACCAUUUCAAUGUUUCAUCUAAUACAUCAUCUGACCUAAAACCAGAGGAAUUGGUAGAGGUUAAUGUGGUAGAUGGGAAAUGUAUAAUCCUCAUUGUUGCAGACAGUUAUAUAGUGUGGGGGUGGGGGUACAGAUCAGGCCAAAUGACAUGAGGAAGAUGAGGAGGAUGAGGUGGUGAGACAAAGAGAAGAUGAAAAAGUAGAAAGAGCUGUUUUUCCAUCUGUCCUGGGAGAGCAAAAGCAUCAAGAGGUCUUGAGUGUUAUUGAUCAGCUGUGCCUGUUGGAGUGGUGGAGAUGAUGGUAAAAUGAUGAUGGGAGAAGGGAGCAGGGCGUUUCCUGUCCUCCACCAUCAGAGCAGGAUGCGAAAAAGGGAAAUCAUGUGAUGUAACUAAUCUAAAUGAGAACUUUUUUUCCCUUUUGAACUGAUGUGUAGGUAAAGUCACUCAUGUUCAGACUGGGGGCUCUAAACGUCACUGUAUAUUCUGUAAUUUAUUGAUGUUAUUUUGAUAUUUUUAACAGCUGUACAGUAGUAACUACUGUUUUUUUGUUCAUUAUGGCAUGCUGAAUGUGCCCUACCAACCGUUUUGUGUGUAGAAUCUUUGCCUUUAACCAUUUUUGUUUGAAUAAAAACCUAAGAUUA